AUGUCUGACAGCAGCAGGACCGUGGAGCAGCUGAAGACCCUCCUCCGGUCCUGGGAAGGUCUGGACGCCCAGCAGAUGGUGAAGUUCUACGACGGCUGGGCCGAGACGUACGAGCAGGACUUGGGGAUCAUUAACUACCGAGCACCGAACCUGGUGGUGGACUUCCUGAUGGAGCACCACCCGGCUGGCCCCGAGGACGCUCUGGUUCUGGAUGUGGCCUGUGGUUCUGGACUGGGAGCCAAACUGAUGUUUGAGCAGGGCUUCAGACACUUUGUGGGAGUGGACGGCAGUGAAGUGAUGCUGCAGAAAGCUGCAGAGAGCGGACUCUACCAGGACCUGAGACUGGCCUUACUGGGGACAGAACCACUACCAGCACAGACUGGUGUGUUUGAUGUCGUGGUAAUCAUCGGCGCUCUACGUGAAGAUCACGUGCCGGUCAGUAUUAUCAGGGAGCUCCUCGCCGCCGCCAAACCAGGAGGACACAUCUGCAUGUCCAGGGUGGACACAAAAACAGAGGGGGCGAAGAAAUACAUCGAGUGUUUGGAGAAGGAGCUGCAGCAGCUGGAGGCGGAGGGACGGUGGACGCAUGUGGACACCAGAGACAUGGACAAAUACAUGAUGGACUUCUACAGCGAGCAGUACCUCAGCGGGACCAUGUACCUGUACAGGAAGCUGCAGGACGCAUAGAUCCACCAGUUAAAGACCCGAUUACUGAGCACAGAUCCUCUCCACCGGGCUUCUUUCUACUAUUCUUCUGUUUCUUCAGAGUUUUAAUCACAAACAAUAAAAAGGUAUCAAACCGACCGGCUCGUCCAGGACCAGUCUGCUGCGACUUUUCUAAGGGUUUCACCAAACGGUUUUACAAUUAUUCGGCAAAAACACGUCAAAAAAUCCCCCCAAUGUAACC